AAACUGUUAAAAUAAAAAAUAGAGAGUCCUCCAUUAAAUUGAAAAUAUGUUAAUAACGAAUUACUAUUGCAUUUUAGUUUAUUUCAUCAUAUGGCAAGGUUGUAUUAAGUUUGUUGAAUGAAAACAAAGUCGAAGAAUAGAAAAAUAAAGAAAAGUAAUCCACAGCAAAUGUCAAAAUUAUUGCUAGGAGAAAUAAAAUUUUUCGCUUAUAUUUCAAUCAUAACUAAAUGAAAUUUGGCAUUGCUUAAAUUAAUAAACUAUUUUUCUUCCAAAUUAAGUGCAACGAUAACAGCAAAACCAGGCUAAUAAUAUUGUUAGCUAGAAAUAGCCAUAAGAAUUGCAAAAUAGGAGGCCGUGUUGACAUUAUUAUUAUCAUUCAAACACACUUAUCAAAAACGCCGUAACUUCUCAUUAUCACACUCAAAACACGAAAUACAUCGUGGUCUCGCUCGUCUGGUUAAUAAAGCUGAGUAAAACUGAGUAAACGGAGCGAGUGUCAAGAAAAAAACAGAAGGCACGACGUCAAGAGUCUACACCUCAACGCUUGAAAUUAGGUUUUUUUCGCCCCAACAGUUCAGUUGUCGUCGCCACUUUGCUCGCGUUAAACGUGCCACUUCCAAUUGUUACGGAAGCAGUCUGAUAACUGCUGACCAAAAAAAGCUAAAAAUAUUACGCACGCAGCGAACGAAAGUUAUUGCGUACCAUAUAAUAUUCUAAAAUAGUAUAUAUUUCUUUAAGAAUAUAAUACAUUAUGUCCGACAAAAUCAGCGUUUGCAUUGUAGGCUCUGGAAAUUGGGGCUCUGCAAUUGCCAAAAUUGUGGGUGUAAACUGUGCUACCCUGCCACAAUUCGAAAAAUGUGUGACAAUGUACGUUUAUGAAGAGAUGAUCGACGGCAAAAAGCUGACUGAAAUCAUAAAUACUACUCAUGAAAAUGUUAAAUAUUUGCCAGGACAUAAGUUGCCAGAGAAUGUGGUUGCUGUACCAGAUCUAAUUGACGCCUGCAAGAAUGCCGACAUACUCAUCUUCGUCGUGCCACAUCAGUUCAUUCCGAACUUCUGCAAAACACUUUUGGGUAAAAUCAAGCCAAAUGCCGUUGCCAUUUCACUCAUCAAGGGUUUCGAUAAGGCCGAGGGUGGUGGCAUCGAUCUGAUUUCCCACAUCAUUACCCGCCAUUUGAAGAUUCCCUGCUCUGUACUUAUGGGCGCUAAUUUGGCCAAUGAAGUGGCACAGGGUAAUUUCUGUGAGACCACCAUUGGUUGUCAGGACAUCAAGUAUGCUAAAACACUGCGUGAUCUCUUCCAAUCGCAAAACUUCCGUGUUGUUGUGGUGGACGACUCUGAUGCCGUUGAAGUUUGUGGUGCACUCAAGAACAUUGUUGCCACCGGCGCUGGCUUUGUCGAUGGUCUAGGUUUGGGUGAUAACACCAAAGCGGCAGUUAUCCGUUUGGGUCUUAUGGAAAUGGUACGAUUCGUGGAUGUCUUCUACCCAGGCAGCAAAUUGUCAACGUUCUUCGAAAGUUGCGGCGUUGCUGAUCUGAUUACCACCUGCUAUGGUGGCCGCAAUCGUCGCGUUGCAGAGGCUUUCGUAAAAACCGGCAAAACUAUUGCGGAACUAGAAACCGAAUUGCUAAAUGGCCAGAAAUUGCAGGGUCCACCCACGGCUGAGGAAGUGAAUUACAUGUUGAAAAAUAAGGGCUUGGAAGAGAAAUUUCCACUCUUCACGGCCAUUCACAAAAUCUGCUCAAAUCAAUUGAAAGUUCAAGAUUUAAUUGAUUGCAUACGUAAUCAUCCCGAGCACAUGCAAACUCUCUAAAUAAAUACGUAUGUAAGCGAUAUAUAAUGCAAAUGCAUGACAUGUACUAGACACACACACAGACUCACACGCAUACACAAAAUAUACGUAGAUGAUAACUGUUGAGAAACGCAAAAAUAAUAUAUAUGAAAAAAAUCGAGAAAUAACGACACUGCACAUUUAAUCACAAAAAAAAAAAUUAUAAUUAGUGCAUUAGAAAAAAAUUUUAAAUUCUCUUCUAAUUAGUUAAAUGAAUGUGUUAAUUUUAAAGACAUGGCACUAAGCCUGAAGCGUUGUGUCAAGUGCCCCGUAUCUUAAAGGUGCAGCGCAUAGAACUGUGAUUUGUUUUUAACGCAUAAAAACCAAAAAAAAAUUAAAACCAGUGAAAUGGCCAGUAAGUCCACGCGCAUUCAAAUUCAAAGCUUAAAUAAUUUAAACACAAAAAAAAAUUAAAUCAAAAUAAAUGUCGAUAAAAAUGAUGGUGCUGUAAAACGGUAGCUGAGUAAACGAUGAAGAUACAUAAAUAUAUAGAGCGUUAGUGUUUAGCGGUUAAAUUGCACAAAAAUAGCCUAACCUCACUUUACAUAUUUAGACAAAAAUUAAAAACAAAGAAAAGACACUGACUACUUCAGCUGCUCUCCACACAGUCAACAGUACCUUUAUUAAAAAAAAAAAUAUAUAUUUUUAGAAAUAAAACUUUUUGAUUUCUGUUGGAAGCGUUGCUGAAGCUUCUUCAACGGUACUUUUGUUUGUAUAUAUUUAUUUAAAACGUUGUUAUACUUUUAGUUCGAUCGCGAAAAUGUACCUAAAUUCUUAGAGCUUAAGUAAAACCACUGCUAGUUGUUGUUUCUCAACCCACCAAAAACCAAAACACAAAAAAAAAA